AUGGACGACCUGCGGGUCCUGUGGAUGCGCGACCGCGUGUACACUACUUUCAACCUCAGCGACCCCAAGCUGUUCGAGGACCUGUUGAACCGCGACGACAGCGAGGCGGAGGACCUCAUCCUGCACUUCCUCAACUAUGCAAGCGACGAGGAGGGCGCCUCCACGCUGUUCUUCUACCGCGUCCUGGUGCCGGAGGAGGUGGAGGUGGAGAUUGAAAUCCCUAUGAUCCUUGAAGAGGAGGCUGAGGAAGAAGAGUCUGAAGCUCAAAAAGCAGAGGACAUUGGUAAAGUGACAGCCAAGCAUUCGAAGCUGAAAAGCGACUCCGUGACCCCCUCCCUGUUCACUUCAGAUGACGAUGACCCAGAGAAAGAGCACUUAGACAGAUGGGUUAACAAGAAGCUUGUGAAACGUACCAUCAACAGGCUGGACUUGCAUGUGCAAUGCAGCCCCAUUCCAGAGGAGUUUCUGGAACAGAAUGUGGUGUUCUUCCUCAGAAACACAAAAGAGGCAAUCCCAGAAGCCACUGACAUGAAGGAAGCGAUGGAGAUCAUGCCAGAAACCAUGGAAUAUGGCAUCAUAAACUCGGAAGUGCUCCGCUUUCUGAGGGACAUCCUCUGCCAGGUUUUCUUGCCUGGGCUGUCCUUCAACCAGCACAAGUUGGAGUCAGGCCAGGGAACAAUGUCUGCAGAAACCCGUGAGUUUUCUUCUUUUGACACACCAGAGAUAUCCGGCAAGUCCGGGGAAACGGUGGAGUACCACAGCUUCCAGCUGAUACGUGAUGAGUUCCUAAUGAAUCUUCAGAAAUUCGUGAACAACAUUCAAAGAACCAUGCAGCAGCUUGAAGGUGAGAUCAAGCUGGAAAUGCCUAGCAUCAGUGUGGAGGGGGAAGUGUCCGAGCUGGCGAACAACCCGGAAAUGCUGGAGGCCUUGGAGCAGUGUGUGAUCAACUGGAUGAACCAGAUUUCAUCUGCUCUGGAGAUCCAGCUCAGGAAGACACCCCAGGGCAAUGGCCCUCUGGCUGAAAUUGAGUUCUGGCGAGAAAGAAAUGCAACGUUGAGUGCCCUCCAUGAGCAAACAAAGCUUCCGUUUGUUAGGAAGGUUUUAGACGUGCUCAAAGAAGCUGAAUCCAUGCUCACAUCCAAUGUGCAGCCUGUCCUGACAGAUCUGUUCAAACUCCACAUGGAGGCCUCAGACAAUGUGCGCUUCCUGUCCACCGUGGAACGUCACUUCAAGAACAUCACGCACGGUUCCAGCUUCCACGUGGUCCUGGACACCAUCCCGUCCAUGAUGAGCGCCCUGCGCAUGGUGUGGAUCAUCUCGAGACACUACAACAAGGACGAGAGGAUGAUCCCACUCAUGGAGCGCAUUGCCUGGGAGAUUGCUGAGCGCGUGUGCAGAGUCAUCAAUCUGCGCACUCUGUUCAAAGAAAACAGAGCAAGUGCCCAGCAUAAAACCCUGGAGGCCAGAAACACUCUCAAGCUAUGGAAGAAAUCCUACUUCGACAUUCGCGCCAAGAUUGAGGCUUCUGGUCGGGAGGCACGGUGGGAGUUUGACCGGAAGCGGCUGUUUGAGAGAACAGACUACAUGGCAAGCAUCUGCCAGGACCUCGCAGAUGUCCUGCAGGUCUUGGAAGAAUUUUACAACAUAUUUGGCCCAGAGCUCAAGGCUGUGACAGGGGACCCCAAGCGUAUCGACGAUGUCCUUUGCAGGGUGGACAGCUUGGUUGCCCCAAUGGAAAGCUUGAACUUUGACCCCUUCAGCAUCAAGUCCUCCCCGUACUGGAAAUAUGUGAUGGAUGACUUCAAGAUUGAAGUUCUGGUUAUUGAGAAAGAAGCAAAAAAUUUUAUUGAUGAAUCUUUCAAAACACUGCGGUCGGCAGAAGCAGCCUUUGACAUGCUGUUAAAAUUCAAGCAUAUCCGCUCCCGGGAGGCCAUCAACCGGCAGAUGAUGAUGAAGUUCAAUGACAUUCUGGCCCAGUACUGCAAGGAGAUAGACAUCAUUAAUAAGAUCUUUGUGCAGAACCUGGACAACCCACCACUGUACAAGAACCACCCCCCGGUGGCGGGUGCCAUAUCCUGGGAGCGCUCCCUCUUCCAUAGGAUGAAGCAUACCAUCCUCAGGUUCCAGGAAGUUGAGGAACUCCUGGACAGCAGUCGGGGCCAGGAGGUGAAAGAGAAGUACCUGGAGGUGGGCAGGACGAUGAAGGACUAUGAAGACCGCAAGUAUGAACUGUGGAAGGAGAACACGGAGCUAAGCCUCCCAAACCUCAUGAAGAAGAGUCUUCUCACCAAGAUUGCCUGCUCGGGCGAGGAUUCAUCCUCUGUGGAUAAGGGAGCCAUGUUUGUCAUCAACUUCUCUCCUGUUCUCAGAGAGAUUAUUAACGAAACCAAGUACUUAGAGCAGCUGGGAUUCACUGUCCCUGAACUGGCAAGGAACGUGGCCCUCCAGGAAGACAAAUUCCUCAGGUACACGGAAGGAAUCCAGCGCAUGCUGGACCACUACCACCAGCUUAUCAACACGCUGAACGAAGCAGAGAUGGCACUCCUGGAUGACCACUCCCAGGAUCUGAUCAGGGUGUUCCGCUCUGGGUACAAGAGGCUGAACUGGAACUCACUAGGUAUCUCUGACUACAUCAAUCGCUGCAAACAGGCCAUUGGCAAGUUUGAGUCCCUUGUCCACCAGAUUCACAAGAAUGCAGAGGACAUCACCUCCAGGCUUACACUAAUCGAGUCUGUCAACCUCUUUAGGUACCCAAUCUCCAAAACUGAGGAAGGGCUCCCAGGUGUAAAAGAAUUCUUUGAGCACAUUGAACGAGAAAGGGCCAAGGAUGUGGACCACAUGGUCCGGUGGUACCUGGCUAUUGGGCCGCUGCUGACCAAAGUGGAAGGGCUCGUUGUGCACACCAACACUGGCAGGGCCCCCAAGCUGGCCUCCUACUAUGAGUACUGGGAAGGCAGAAUCUAUGACGUCUUGGGGAAGGUCAUCCUGAAGAACUUACAGGUCUUCAAUUCUCUGAUCCUUGGGAAUACCCCUCUGUUCCAAGCUGAAACCAUUCUGACGGCUCCGGAGAUCAUCCUCCACCCUAACGCCGCCGAGAUCGAUAAGAUGUGUGUCCACUGCACCCGCAACUGUGUGGAGGUUACCAAGUAUUUUGUACGCUGGAUGAAUGGCAGCUGCAUUGAGUGCCCCCCUCAGAAGGGCGAGGAGGAAGAAAUCGUCAUCGUGAGCUUCUACAAUGACAUCUCCUUGAACCCCCAGAUCAUGGAUCAAGCUGUCAUGAUCCCCCAAAAUAUCCACAGGCUCCUAGUGAACCUCAUGAAGUACCUGCAGAGGUGGAAGCGCUACCGGCCCCUCUGGAAGCUGGACAAGACUAUCGUGAUGGAGAAGUUUGCGUCCAAGAAACCGCCCUGUGUGGCCUAUGACGAGAAGCUGCAGUUCUACUCCAAGAUUGCUGCAGACGUGAUGCGCCACCCACUGAUUAAGGAUGAGCACUGCAUCCGGCUGCAGCUUGGGCCACUGGCCAGCACCGUGCAAGAAAAUGCAAAGUCCUGGGUGACUUCACUGGGGAAGCUCCUCAACGAGUCAGCCAAAGAGGAGCUUUUUAGCCUCCGGGAUGAGAUUGAGCACCUGAACAAGAAUCUUAAGAAGAGCCCCAACACCCUUGAAGAUCUCAAAUUCGUCCUUGCAACAAUUGCAGAGAUCAGGACAAAAUCUUUGGUCAUGGAGCUGAGGUACAAGGACAUCCAGGAGCGGUACCGCACCAUGGGGAUAUACAGUAUCUUUGUGAGCAUGGAACUCUUAGGCAGUUUUGAAAAGGAGCUGGCCAAACACGAGAAGAACCGGCAAGAACUGGCCAACGCAGAGAAGCUGUUUGACCUCCCCAUUACCAUGUACCCUGAGCUCAUCAAGGUGCAGAAGGAGAUGACAGGGCUCCGGAUGAUCUAUAACCUGUAUGAGUCCCUAAAGGUUUCCAAAGAGGAGUGGUCCCAGACCCUCUGGAUCAACCUGAAUGUCCAGUAUCUGCAGGAAGGUAUCGAUGGCUUCCUCAAAGGCCUCCGCAAGCUGCCACGCCAUGUACGCAACUUACCCGUGUCCUUCCAUUUGGAAGCAAAGAUGAAGGCAUUCAAGGACUCCAUCCCCCUCCUUCUGGACUUGAAGCAUGAGGCCCUGAGAGAGAGACACUGGAAAGAACUCAUGGAGAAAACAGGCGUGUUCUUCGAGAUGACAGAGACCUUCACACUUGAGAACAUGUUUGCCAUGGAGCUGCACAAACACACAGAAGUGCUCAAUGAAAUUGUCACAGCGGCCGUCAAGGAGGUCGCCAUCGAGAAGGCCGUAAAGGAAAUCCUAGACACCUGGGAGAACAUGAAGUUUACAGUGGUCAAGUACUAUAAAGGCACGCAGGAGCGAGGCUACAUCUUAGGGUCUGUGGACGAAAUUAUCCAGUGCCUGGAUGACAACACCGUCAACUUGCAGAGCAUCUCCGGGAGCAGAUUUGUGGGGCCUUUUCUUCAAACUGUCCAUAAGUGGGAAAAGACACUGUCUCUGAUAGGGGAGGUCAUUGAGAUCUGGAUGCUGGUUCAGAGGAAGUGGAUGUACCUGGAGAGCAUCUUCAUCGGUGGGGACAUACGGUCCCAGCUGCCAGAGGAGGCCAAGAAGUUUGACAACAUCGACAGGAUAUUUAAGAGGAUCAUGGGGGAGACUUUGAAAGACCCAGUGAUCAAGCGAUGCUGUGAGGCUCCGAACCGCCUCAGUGACCUGCAGGGCAUCAGCGAGGGCCUGGAGAAGUGCCAGAAGAGCCUAAACGACUACCUGGACUCCAAGAGAAAUGCCUUCCCCAGGUUCUUCUUCAUCUCAGACGAUGAGCUGCUCAGCAUCUUGGGCAACAGCGACCCACUGUGUGUGCAGGAGCAUAUGAUCAAGAUGUAUGACAACAUAGCCAUGCUGCGCUUCCAUGAUGGAGACAGCGGGGAGAAGUUAGUGUCGGCCAUGAUCUCGGCAGAGGGAGAAGUCAUGACGUUUCGCAAGAUCAUCCGGGCUGAGGGGCGUGUAGAAGACUGGAUGACGGCUGUGUUGAUCGAAAUGAGAAGGACCAACAGACUCAUCACCAAGGAAGCCAUCUUCAGAUACUGUGAGGACAGAAGCAGGGUGGACUGGAUGUUGCUGUACCAAGGCAUGGUGGUGCUGGCUGCCAGCCAGGUAUGGUGGACUUGGGAAGUGGAGGAUGUCUUCAAUAAAGUCAAGCAAGGGGACAAGCAGGCUAUGAAGAACUACGGCAAGAAGAUGCACAAACAGAUUGACGACCUGGUCACACGGAUCACCCUGGAGCUGAGCAAAAAUGACAGGAAGAAAUACAACACAGUCCUUAUCAUUGAUGUCCAUGCCCGGGACAUUGUGGAUUCCUUCAUCCGGGGCAGCAUCCUUGAGGCCCGGGAGUUUGAAUGGGAAAGCCAGCUUCGCUUUUACUGGGACCGGGAGCCAGACGAGCUCAACAUCCGCCAGUGCACGGGGACUUUUGGCUACGGCUAUGAGUACAUGGGCCUGAACGGGAGGCUGGUCAUCACACCCCUUACAGACCGCAUCUACCUGACACUCACACAGGCGCUGUCCAUGUAUCUGGGAGGUGCCCCUGCUGGUCCAGCGGGAACCGGCAAGACAGAGACCACCAAGGACCUUGCCAAAGCCCUGGGCCUGCUGUGUGUUGUCACCAACUGUGGCGAAGGCAUGGAUUACAAAGCUGUCGGGAAGAUCUUCUCUGGCCUCGCCCAGUGUGGCGCGUGGGGCUGUUUUGAUGAGUUCAACCGGAUAGAUGCCUCUGUGUUGUCUGUCAUCUCAUCGCAGAUCCAGACGAUUCGCAAUGCGCUAAUCCACCAGCUGACCACGUUUCAGUUUGAAGGGCAGGAGAUCUCCCUUGACUCUCGGAUGGGCAUCUUCAUCACCAUGAACCCAGGCUAUGCGGGCCGCACGGAGCUGCCUGAGUCCGUGAAGGCGCUGUUCAGGCCUGUGGUCGUCAUUGUGCCCGACCUGCAGCAGAUCUGUGAGAUUAUGUUCUUCUCCGAGGGCUUCCUGGGGGCCAAGACGCUGGCCAAGAAGAUGACAGUUCUGUACAAGCUGGCCCGGGAACAGCUCUCCAAGCAGCACCAUUACGACUUUGGGCUCCGGGCCCUGAAGUCGGUGCUGGUCAUGGCUGGCGAGCUGAAGCGAGGCUCUGCAGAGCUGCAGGAGGAUGUGGUCCUGAUGCGGGCACUGCGGGACAUGAACCUGCCUAAGUUUGUGUUUGAGGACGUCCCCCUCUUCUUGGGCCUCAUCUCUGACCUGUUUCCGGGGCUGGACUGCCCCCGUGUACGAUACCCGGAUUUCAAUGAUGCGGUAGAGCAGGUGCUGGAGGAGAAUGGCUACGUACUUCUGCCGGUCCAGGUGGAUAAAGUGGUCCAAAUGUUUGAGACCAUGCUGACCCGCCACACGACCAUGGUGGUGGGGCCCACAGGAGGGGGCAAGUCCGUGGUCAUCAAUGCUCUGUGUCAGGCCCAGACAAAGCUUGGGCUAAUGACGAAGUUGUACGUCUUGAACCCCAAAGCUGUGAGUGUCAUUGAGCUAUAUGGCAUCCUGGACCCCGCCACUCGAGACUGGACGGAUGGGGUGCUGUCAAACAUCUUCAGGGAGAUCAACAGGCCGACCGACAAGAAGGAACGGAAGUAUAUUUUGUUUGAUGGUGACGUCGAUGCCUUGUGGGUGGAAAACAUGAACUCAGUGAUGGACGACAACAAGCUGUUGACCUUGGCCAAUGGGGAGCGCAUUCGGCUCCAGGCACACUGUGCCCUGCUCUUUGAGGUGGGAGACUUGCAGUAUGCCUCUCCUGCUACUGUAUCUCGAUGCGGGAUGGUCUACGUGGACCCUAAGAACUUGAAAUACCAACCAUACUGGAAAAAAUGGUUACAAACACAAAUACAAAACAAGGUGGAGCAAAAGUAUUUAAAUGACCUCUUUGAGAAAUAUGUGCCCUUGCUCAUUGACAUGAUCAUAGAGGGGAUAGUGGACGGGAGACAAGGCGAGAAGCUCAAGAUGGUGGUUCCUCAGACGGACCUGAAUAUGGUGACCCAGUUAACCAAGAUGAUGGAUUCACUACUGGAAGGGGAGAUCGAGGACAUGGACCUGCUAGAGUGUUUCUUCCUGGAGGCACUCUAUUGCUCCCUCGGCUCCUCCCUGCUUGAGGUGGGACGGAUCAGAUUUGACGAGUACGUUAAACACCUCUCGUCAAUGCCCACCGCAGACACGGAGGGGGUCUGGGCCCGUCCUGGAGAACUGCCAGGGCAUCUUCCCACCCUGUACGACUUCCAUUUCGAUUCCAAGCGGAACUACUGGAUCCCAUGGAGCAAGCUAGUUCCUGAAUAUGUUCACAGCCAUGAAAAGAAAUUUGUCGACAUCUUGGUUCACACAGUGGAUACGACCCGUACCACCUGGAUACUAGAGCAGAUGGUUAAAAUCAAGCACCCUGUUCUUUUUGUGGGUGAAUCGGGCACUUCUAAGACAGCCACUACCCAGAACUUCCUUAAAAAUCUGAGUGAGGAGACCAAUAUCGUGCUGAUGGUCAGCUUCUCCUCACGAACCACAUCCCUGGACAUCCAGAGGAACCUAGAAGCGAGUGUAGAGAAGCGGACAAAGGACACAUACGGGCCGCCCAUGGGGAAGCGCCUGCUGGUGUUCAUGGACGACAUGAAUAUGCCAAAGGUAGAUGAGUAUGGCACCCAGCAGCCUAUCGCCUUGCUGAAGCUGCUGCUGGAAAAGGGCUACUUAUAUGACCGUGGGAAAGAGCUCAACUGUAAGAGUAUCCGUGACCUGGGCUUCAUUGCUGCCAUGGGGAAGGCAGGAGGGGGCCGCAAUGAGGUGGACCCCAGGUUCCUCUCGCUGUUCAGCGUCUUCAAUGUCCCCUUCCCAUCCGAGGAGUCUCUGCACUUGAUCUACUACUCCAUCCUCAAGGGCCACACCUCGAACUUUAAUGAGAGCAUCGGGGCCGUGAGCAAGAAGCUGACAUUCUGCACAUUAAUGCUUUACAAAGACAUUGUCCAAGACCUCCCUCCCACGCCUUCCAAGUUCCAUUACAUCUUCAACCUUCGAGACCUCUCCAGAGUGUUCAACGGUCUUGUCCUCACCAAUCCAGAUCGGUUUCAGACAGUGACUCAGAUGGUAAGGGUGUGGAGAAAUGAAUGCCUGAGGGUUUUCCAUGACCGGCUCAUCAAUGAAGUAGACAAGCAGCUGGUGCAAGACCACAUAGGGAACCUGGUGAAGGAGCAUUUUGAGGAUGACUUCGAGGUGGUGAUGAGAGACCCCAUUCUGUUUGGGGACUUCCGGAUGGCCCUGCAUGAGGAGGAACCACGCAUUUAUGAAGACAUCCAGGACUAUGAGGCUGCCAAGGCACUGUUCCAGGAAAUCCUCGAGGAGUACAACGAAAUCAACACCAAGAUGAACCUGGUGCUGUUUGACGAUGCGCUGGAGCACCUGACCCGUGUGCACCGCAUCAUCCGAAUGGACCGAGGCCAUGCCCUGCUGGUGGGUGUGGGUGGCUCCGGGAAGCAGUCCUUGUCCAGGCUGGCAGCUUUCACUGCAGGCUACGAGGUGUUUGAGAUCCUGCUAAGCCGGGGCUACUCUGAGUCUAACUUCCGGGAGGACCUGAAGAACCUGUACUUGAAGCUGGGGCUGGAGAACAAGAUGAUGAUCUUUCUGUUUACGGACGCCCACGUGGCUGAGGAGGGCUUCCUGGAACUCAUCAACAACAUGCUGACCUCAGGGAUCGUCCCUGCGCUCUUCCCUGAGGAAGAAAAGGACGGUAUCCUCAGUCAGAUUGGGCAGGAAGCCUUGAAGAACGGCAUGGGCCCGGCCAAGGAGUCUGUGUGGCAAUAUUUCGUGAAUAAGAGUGCCAACAACCUACACAUUGUCCUGGGCAUGUCACCAGUGGGAGACACCCUGAGGACUCGGUGCAGGAAUUUCCCAGGCCUAGUCAACAACACUGGAAUCGACUGGUUCAUGCCCUGGCCAUCCCAGGCCCUGCACGCAGUUGCCAAGUCAUUUUUAGGAGGUAACGCCAUGAUUCCUGCAGAGAAAAUCGAAGACCUUGUGGAGCACGUGGUUAUGGUCCACCAGUCGGUGGGUGAGUUCAGUAAGCAGUUCCAGCAGAAGCUGAGGCGUAGCAACUACGUGACGCCCAAGAACUACCUAGACUUUAUCAACACGUACUCCAAACUGUUAGAUGAGAAAACCCAGUACAACAUAGCACAGUGCAAGCGUCUGGAGGGUGGGCUGGACAAGCUAAAGGAGGCCACCAUCCAGCUAGACGAGCUCAACCAGAAGUUGGCAGAGCAGAAGAUUGUCCUGGCCGAGAAGUCAGCUGCCUGCGAGACUCUGCUGGAGGAAAUCGCCACCAACACAGCCAUAGCGGAGGAGAAGAAGAAGCUGGCAGAGGAGAAAGCUAUGGAGAUAGAAGAACAGAACAAGAUCAUCGCUGUAGAGAAGGCUGAAGCCGAGACAGCUCUGGCUGAGGUCAUGCCCAUCCUGGAGGCUGCCAAGUUGGAGCUGCAGAAGCUGGACAAGUCAGAUGUGACUGAAAUCAGGUCAUUCGCAAAGCCCCCAAAGCAAGUGCAGACAGUCUGUGAAUGCAUUCUUAUCAUAAAAGGCUACAAGGAGCUGAACUGGAAAACCGCUAAGGGCAUGAUGUCUGACCCCAACUUCCUGAGAUCCCUGAUGGAGAUGGACUUCGACUCUAUCAACCAGGGACAAGUGAAGAAUAUCAAAGUCCUCCUGAAAAAUCUUAACACCACAAUUGAAGAAAUGGAGGCCGUGAGCAAGGCGGGGCUGGGGAUGUUGAAGUUCGUGGAGGCCGUCAUGGGGUACUGUGACGUGUUCCGGGAGAUCAAGCCCAAAAGAGAAAAGGUGGCCAGGCUGGAGCGGAAUUUCUACCUAACCAAACGGGAGCUAGAACGGAUCCAGAAUGAGUUGUCGGCGAUCCAGAAGGAGCUGGAGGCUCUGGGGGCCAAGUAUGAGGCCGCCAUCCUAGAGAAGCAGAAGCUGCAGGAGGAGGCAGAGAUCAUGGAGAGGCGGCUGAUUGCAGCUGACAAGCUCAUCUCUGGUCUGGGAUCAGAAAACGUCAGGUGGCUCAAUGACCUCGAUGAGCUAAUGCACCGGCGGGUGAAGCUGCUGGGCGACUGCCUGCUCUGCGCAGCCUUCUUGAGCUACGAGGGUGCCUUCACCUGGGAGUUUCGGGAUGAGAUGGUCAACAAUGUGUGGCUGAAUGACAUCCUGGAACGAGACAUCCCCCUGAGCCAGCCUUUCCGGCUGGAGAACCUCCUCACAGAUGACGUGGAGAUCAGCAGGUGGGGUUUCCAGGGCCUUCCACCCGAUGAGCUUUCAGUUCAGAAUGGCAUCCUUACCACCAGGGCCAGCCGCUUCCCACUCUGCAUCGACCCCCAGCAGCAGGCCCUCAACUGGAUCAAGAGAAAGGAGGAGAGGAACAACCUAAGGGUCGCCUCCUUCAACGACCCUGACUUCCUCAAGCAGCUGGAGAUGUCGAUAAAAUACGGGACCCCUUUUCUGUUCCAUGAUGUGGAUGAGUACAUCGACCCUGUGAUUGACAGUGUCCUGGAGAAGAACAUCAAGACUUCCCAAGGCCGCCAGUUCAUCAUCCUGGGGGACAAGGAGGUUGACUAUGACUCCAACUUCCGGCUGUAUCUCAACACCAAGCUGGCCAAUCCGAGAUACUCCCCAUCAGUGUUUGGGAAGGCCAUGGUCAUCAACUACACUGUCACGCUGAAGGGCCUGGAGGACCAGCUACUGAGUGUGCUGGUGGCCUACGAGAGGCGGGAGCUAGAGGAGCAGAGGGAGCACCUCAUCCAGGAGACGAGUGAGAACAAAAACCUGCUAAAGGACCUGGAGGACUCACUGCUGCGGGAGCUGGCCACAUCCACAGGGAACAUGCUAGACAAUGUGGAGCUGGUGCAUACCCUGGAAGAGACAAAGUCCAAAGCUACGGAGGUGUCAGAGAAGCUGAAGCUGGCAGAGAAGACAGCCCUGGACAUCGACAGACUUCGGGAUGGUUACAGGCCAGCAGCGCGGCGGGGCGCCAUCCUGUUCUUCGUGCUGUCGGAGAUGGCGCUCGUCAACUCCAUGUACCAGUACUCCCUCAUUGCCUUCCUGGAGGUCUUCGGGCUGUCACUGAAGAAGUCCCUGCCUGACUCCAUCCUCAUAAAGAGGCUGAAGAACAUUAUGGACACGCUGACCUUUAACAUCUACAACUAUGGCUGCACGGGGUUGUUUGAGAGACAUAAGCUCCUCUUCUCCUUCAACAUGACUAUCAAGAUCGAGCAGGCAGAGGGGAGGGUCCCCCAGGAGGAGCUGGACUUCUUUCUAAAAGGGAACAUCUCACUGGAGAAGAGUAAGCGGAAGAAGCCGUGUACCUGGCUGUCAGACCAGGGCUGGGAAGACAUCAUUCUCCUGUCAGAGUUGUUUUCAGACAUUUUUGGACAGCUCCCUGAUGAUCUCGAGCACCAUCUCUCCAUCUGGCAGGAUUGGUAUGACCUGGACUCGCUAGAGCAGUUCCCAUUCCCUCUGGACUAUGACAAAUACAUCACUGCGUUCCAGAAACUGCUUAUUUUACGCUGCUUCCGGGUAGACCGGGUAUAUCGUGCAGUGACGGACUAUGUGACCCUCACCAUGGGAGAGAAGUAUGUGCAGCCCCCAAUGAUCAGCUUCGAGACCAUUUUCGAGCAGAGCACCCCCAAUUCGCCCAUUGUGUUCAUCCUGAGUCCUGGCUCGGACCCUGCCAGUGAUCUCAUGAAGCUGGCUGAGCGGAGUGGCUUUGGGGGCAAUCGCCUCAAGUUUCUCGCAAUGGGUCAAGGUCAAGAAAAGGUGGCACUGCAGCUGCUGGAGACCGCAGUGGCUCGUGGACAGUGGCUCAUGCUGCAGAACUGCCAUCUCCUGGUCAAGUGGCUGAAGGACCUGGAGAAGUCCCUGGAGAGGAUCACCAAGCCACACCCAGACUUCCGCCUGUGGCUUACCACGGACCCCACCAAGGGCUUCCCCAUUGGGAUCCUGCAGAAGUCCUUAAAGGUGGUCACAGAGCCACCUAAUGGGCUCAAACUGAACAUGCGCGCAACCUAUUUCAAGAUCUCCCAUGAAAUGCUGGAUCAGUGCCCACAUAACGCCUUCAAGCCCCUGGUCUACGUGUUGGCCUUCUUCCACGCUGUGGUACAAGAGAGAAGGAAGUUUGGCAAGAUUGGCUGGAAUGUGUAUUAUGAUUUCAAUGAGUCCGACUUCCAGGUCUGCAUGGAAAUCCUAAGCACCUAUCUAACGAAAGCCUUCCAGCAGCAUGACCCGCGCAUCCCAUGGGGCAGCCUCAAGUACCUGAUCGGAGAGGUCAUGUACGGAGGUCGGGCCAUCGACAGCUUUGACCGGCGCAUCCUAACCACGUACAUGGACGAGUACCUGGGCGACUUCAUUUUCGAUACCUUUCAACCAUUCCACUUCUUCCGGAACAAGGAAGUGGACUAUAAAAUCCCUGUGGGUGAUGUAAAGGAUAAAUUCGUUGAAGCCAUCGAGGCCCUCCCACUUGCCAACACGCCAGAAGUGUUUGGUCUCCAUUCCAAUGCUGAGAUUGGCUACUACACACAGGCAGCUCGAGACAUGUGGGGCCAUCUGCUGGAGCUACAGCCACAGACAGGGGAAUCCAGCAGUGGCAUCAGCCGUGAUGACUACAUUGGCCAGGUGGCCAAGGACAUUGAAAACAAGAUGCCCAAGAUCUUUGACCUGGACCAGGUCCGGAAGCACUUGGGCUUGAACAUCUCACCCACCUCGGUGGUGCUGCUGCAGGAGCUGGGGCGCUUCAACAAGCUUGCCAUUCGCAUGACCAGAUCUCUGGCUGAGCUCCAGAGAGCCUUGGCUGGGGAAGUUGGGAUGAGCAGUGAGUUAGAUGAUGUAGCCAGGUCUCUCUUCCUCGGGCACAUCCCUCACAUCUGGAGGAAGCUUGCCCCUGACACCCUGAAGACCCUUGGAAACUGGAUGCUCUACUUCCUGCGGCGGUUCAGUCAGUACACACUGUGGGUUACGGAGAGUGAGCCCAGCGUGAUGUGGCUCUCAGGGCUGCACAUCCCAGAGUCCUACCUCACAGCACUGGUACAGGCCACAUGCCGGAGGAAUGGCUGGCCGCUGGACCGGUCCACUUUGUUCACACAAGUGACCAAGUUCCAGGAUGCUGAUGAAGUAAACGAGCGUGCGGGGCAAGGGUGCUUUGUCUCGGGGCUCUACCUGGAGGGCGCUGACUGGGACAUAGAGUUUGGGUGUCUUAUCAAGAGCAAGCCCAAGGUGCUGGUUGUGGACCUGCCCAUCCUGAAGAUCAUCCCCAUUGAAGCUCACCGCCUGAAGCUACAGAACACCUUCCGGACACCUGUCUACACUACCUCCAUGAGGAGGAAUGCCAUGGGAGUCGGCCUAGUGUUUGAAGCUGACCUCUUUACCACGAAGCACAUCUCACACUGGGUGCUACAGGGUGUGUGCCUCACCCUGAACUCAGAUUAACUCUAGCAUGUGGAGGACUACAUGGAGCUACCAUGCUAUGGUGGGCCACACAGGUGCUGAUGCUUCAUGAAGAAUGGGAGACUGGUGUCGUUUCAGGUGCAGUGGUGGUGGAAAGUGUUUGAUGCUGAAUUUCCUUACAUUUGAAAUUGGCCAUAUAAACAUACUUUUCUAUUAAAUGAAUCUUGUUAUGCGA